AUGUUAAUACCACCCGGCGCGGUCAUUUUCUGCUACUGCUGCUGCGGGCUCCUCCGUCCGAGACAGAUGUUGCGAAACCAAGGCCUCCUCAAGUGCCGCUGCCGCAUGCUCUUCAAUGACCUGAAGGUCUUCCUGCUGCGGAGACCCCCCGCGCCGCCGCCGCCCUCGCCGCCGCCGCCGCUCCCCAUGCCCGGCGGCGCAGAGGCGGGGGCCGGCGGCGCCGCUCCGCUCGGGGGGCGCGGGCCCGGCUGGCGGGCGGCGGCGGCGGGCGGCGGAGCGGGCAGCCCGGGAGCCGAGGAGUGGGGCAGCCCCGCCGGGGAGCCGCCCGCCUCCCUGCCCAGCAGCACCUCCUCGGAUGACUUCGGCAAGGGCAAGGCCGAGGAUCGCUACUCGCUGGGAAGCAGCGUCGAUAGCGGCAUCCGCACCCCGCUCUGCAGGAUCUGCUUCCAGGGUCCCGAGCAGGGGGAGUUGCUGAGCCCGUGUCGAUGCGAUGGAUCGGUGAAGUGCACGCACCAGCCAUGUCUGAUCAAAUGGAUUAGCGAGAGAGGCUGCUGGAGCUGUGAGCUGUGUUACUACAAGUACCACGUCAUUGCCAUAAGCACAAAGAACCCUCUGCAGUGGCAGGCCAUCUCCCUGACAGUCAUUGAGAAGGUUCAGAUAGCAGCGGCCAUCCUGGGUUCCCUCUUCCUCAUCGCCAGUAUCUCGUGGCUCAUCUGGUCGACCUUCAGUCCUUCAGCCAAGUGGCAGCGCCAGGACCUGCUCUUCCAGAUCUGCUAUGGAAUGUAUGGCUUCAUGGACAUUGUCUGUAUAGGUCUAAUAAUACACGAAGGGCCCUCGGUUUACCGGAUUUUUAAACGGUGGCAGGCGGUCAAUCAGCAGUGGAAAGUGCUGAACUAUGACAAAACAAAGGACAUGGAGGAACAAAAAACAGGGACCAGGACAAAUCAGCGUCCCUCCUCCCAAACCACCCACUCGUCCUCCACUGGUGGUACAGCCACUAACUCCGCUCCGGCCGACAGCGGGGCCCGGGCCGCCGGCCAUGCCACAGGCACCCUCUCUGACCACCACUGUGCUUACACCAUCCUGCAUAUACUCAGCCACCUGAGGCCUCACGAACAGAGGAGUCAGUCUAGUAGUAACAGAGAGCUCGUCAUGAGGGUCACGACGGUCUGAGCCGAGGAAUUUCAGGAGGCCUUAACGCAGAGCGGAGGAGACGCAGAACUCGUAACGCAGAGGAGCAUGGUGUGCCUUUUUCUUUCUCUUCCCUUUUAUUCUUUUUUUCUUCUUCUGUUCCUUCUUUUGGUUUUUGAGGUUUUUUUUUUGGUAACUGCACAAGAUAUAAGAGGCGGCACCUGGCCAGCUGAGGAGAAAGCAGGUGGAGGGAGAGCUGCACACUCAUGCUAAAGAGGUUAAUGUUUUUCAGCCAGUUAAAAAAAAAAAAGAGAGAAAAAGAAAAAAAAAAAAAACAACCACACAAAUCACAAAAAGAAAAAAAUACCAACAAAACAAGUGCAAUACAGACUAAAAACUGAGUAGGCAGAGGUCUGGGGAAGCAGAGGAACAGACGGUUUAGCAUGUCUUACAAAUCCUAUUACCUGGAAUAGGUGAUGCUCUGUACACACCCGCCCUACACACACACACACGCACACAAGUGUGAGAUUUAUAUAAACAAGGAAGGGAAUGAAAUAUUUGGAGUUUUUUUAUUUUCCAGACUGUGAUUAACCAGGGCUAUGAGUCGUUUUGUUCAUGAGUCAUUCUGGAACCUUGUUCUAUUUACCAUAGGAUAUCUGAAGUGAAAUGGCUGGGGCUUUUUCAGUAGUGAUUUAUGGGAAAAAAAACAACCGACCACUGAAUCAUCUCGCCAAGAAAAUGCAACAAAGCCCCAG